AUGGCGACCUCCUUCCCAACUCCACCCUUGCGUCCAGGGACCACCAGGGACACAAGGAUGCCCGAGAGCUCCCACCUGCCCAGCAGUGAGCGCGGGCCCGACCGGGGCGACACGCUGUGUCCCGUCUCCUGCUGUGGCCUCGUUUCUCACAUGGGGAGACUGAGGCAGGAAACGGGGGUCACUGCCUCAAACCCGGGACCCCCAGGAUCCAGAGUUUGCCCCCCCCGGCAGCUCCCCCCUCCACGUGGGGCCACACUCAGCCCCGCGCCCACGUCUGCAGAGACGCUCAGACACACUCUCAAAUCUGCAGCUUCACCUGAUCGUCUGGCUCCCCUGGGUGCAAUUUGA